AUGAAGCUGUUUUUGGCUCUGGUGGCAUUCUUUGUGUCUCUCGUCAGAGGUCAGGUGCCUCAUUGGGGUCCGUGUCCAGAACCGGAUGUUCAACCUGCCUUCAACCUCAAACAGUUCAUGGGAAGGUGGUUUGAAAUUGCCAGACUGCCAACACAGUUUGAGAGGGGCCACUGCAUCGAGACCAAUUUCACCUUUAGGACAGACAAAUCCAUCCGAGUGGUCAGCUCAGAAAUACUGAAAGGGGAGGUGAGGAAAAUUGAAGGAACCGGCGUCAUCGAGGAUAUGAAGCAUCCCGCCAAGCUGGGAAUAAGCUACUCUUACGUGCUGCCAUUUGCCCCUUACUGGAUCCUGUCCACCGACUACGUGAACACAGCCCUGGUGUACUCCUGCACGGACAUUCUGCGUCUUUUCCACUUGGACUUUGCUUGGAUCCUGAGCCGUACACGCACCCUACCUCAGUCGACCAUUGACAGCGCCAUGCAGACCUUCGCCAACAACAACAUCGACGUGAUCCGCAUGAUCAACAGCAAUCAACAGGGCUGUGACAAAGAAGCCCCGUGGAGUGAUGACCAGCUACUGUAA